UUUCAAUUUCAGAAUCUUUGACUUCUUUUGAUCAUGUCAUGAUGGAAACGACAAAAUUGGAGAAUGAUGAAUCUAAUGAAGUGCGUAUGCUCGAAAAAGAAACCGUACAAUUGGAUAUCAAUAAAUCAAUAAAUACUAAUAAUGAUUUGAAUUCACAAGCAGAAAAAAUUGAUAAAGUUUCCGACGCUAGUUCUCACUUGACGCAUUCUUCAAUGUCAGUUUGUAGUUCAGCAGCAGGCAGAGGAGCUACAAAGGUUUAUUACCACAUAGACGAUGAACAAACACCUUAUUGCACUGAAUUGCCAGUACCUAACAAUCGUGUUACGUUAGGCGAUUUUAAAAGGGUUCUCAACAGAACUAAUUUCAAAUACUAUUGCAAAGCAAUUGAUUCAGAAGUUGGAGGCGAAGUCAAAGCCGAAAUACGUGAUGAUGCUCAACAGCUUACACGAUCUUCUAAUGGUCAUUUCGAACUUUUUCUUUUAACAGCGGAAAAUUCAAAUUCUGAUGGCAACUCUUCUGGCGUUUCCAAACUUGCCUCUAUGAAGAAGGUACCUUUGGGCCCUACCGCGCUUUAUCCGUUCACGAGUUCACAGCACUAUCGUCCACGCAAUCGAUGUAAUCACACAAGACAACCUUUUGACGAUUCCACUCUAUAUACAAAUGAGACUGAUCACCGCCUUUAUUCUGAUGAUGAAUCACGUCUUUCCACGUCAACCGACAACAUCACUUCUGUAUCAAGGCAGCGCUACAAUUUAUAUCGGCGUCGACGUCGCCAGGCCCCGCGUAACAGGCGUAAGCCCUCACGUGCAUCUUCACUUUCAUCAAUGACUGAGACCUCAAUGGCACUGGAAGUUAUCACAGUUACACUUAAUAUGGACUCUGCUGUUAAUUUUCUUGGUAUUUCCAUUGUGGGUCAAUCUUCGUCACGCGGUGAUAACGGAAUUUAUGUGGCUAACGUUAUAAAAGGUGGUGCUGUUGCUUUAGAUGGUCGCAUUGAACCUGGAGAUAUGAUUUUACAAGUGAACGAUGUUUCCUUUGAAAAUUUUAAAAAUGAUAAAGCGGUUGAAGUUCUCAAGCAAGCAGUCAACAGACAAGGGCCAAUUAAAUUGACAGUUGCAAAAAGUUUUGAUUCCGGUCGAGCCAAUUAUUUUUCUGUGCCAGUUCGUGAACCAGUGCGCCCAAUUGGCUCUGAAGGUGCGCCAACGCCUAUUCCCGCUCACAACCAGUAUCAUCCGCAUGAACAAAUGGUAAAUAUGCUUAACAUUCCCACUUCCAUCGCUCAACAUCAACAACGAUCGGCAUGUAGUAGCAAUACAACAGCUACUUCAACAAAUGGUUCAGGUGGUGUGGCUCCUCAGAUAGUACUUGGGCAGGGUGGUGUAUUUUUGGCGGUUCAACCUCGCCUAGACAUAAACUCUGACAAACGAAUGAUCAUUCGGGCAAUGAUUGCAAUCGGUUCCGGAUUGGAAAUUCGUGAUAGAACUUGGCUAAAAAUUCCAAUCCCAAUGUCUUUUUUAGGUAGUUCUUUGGUUGAUUGGUUGAUUCAAAAUGUGGAUGGCUUGAAAACUCGGAAAGAAGCUCGAAAAUAUGCGUCUGAUCUACUAAAAGAACGAUUUAUUGCUCAUGUUGUCAAUAAGCAGGUAUUCACGGAGCAAUGUUACUAUGUUUUCGGAGAUAAUUGUUCAGACUUGUUACUUCUUCGAAAUGGUAUUGAACAUGGAUCAGUUCUGGUUCGAAAUCCUCAAAAUCAAGCAUUAUUAGCCAACCAGAGAUUUUUAAACGAUCGCGAUUGCGGAACACAAGUACCAUACAUGCUGCAUACAAAUUUUGGGGGUAGCGAGUAUGCAAUGCCUUCUGUAUCACCAUAUCCACCACCGGGGAUUCCUUUGCAAACAACAUUGGAAUAUUCAACUCAGCAGAGACAGCUACAUAAAUUAGUUCCACAAAAUCCAGUACAUACACAAACCCGUUUUGACCAAUUUGGUGCAAAUAGUCAAGCUAGUAAUAACUCUAACGAGGAGUCAAGUGGAUCGGAGCAUCGAAGAAAGGCUAUGCUACCGCCAGCACCUUCAUUGACAUCUAUCGGACAACCACAAUACUUUCAACCCCAUCAAUUUUUUCAAGGACAAAUACAUAGGACUUCUCAACCCACUGGCCCUCCACCUACUACUCCUGACGAUGUGAACUCAAUGAUGCUGAACAGGUUCUGUGGUAUCAAUGGUACUUUUCAACAACAAGUCAUGUCUCAACAAAAUGGAAGAGUUGGGGUAGCAACGGAAAAUUUUUUUGUGGAACACUUCUAA